ACCUGACAGACCUGUCCCUGCAUCACACACGGCAGGCCUCUCCUUCCAUCACACCUCACUUUGCUUAUCCUCCACUCGUCAACACUCAUUCUGAAGAAGAAGAGGAUGCCUCGUCGCCAGUCCUCUCUGUCCGCCCGGAGCUCCGGCUCCAUCAAGGCUGAGAGCACGCAGUGGGAUGGGAAGUCUUUCGAGGAGCUGCGGCAGGAAUGCCUCCAGAAGGGGGUCCUGUUUGAGGAUCCAGACUUCCCAGCAGCUGACUCCUCGCUCUUCUUCAGCCAGAGCGUUCCCGUCCAGAUUGAAUGGAAGAGACCUAAGGAGAUUUGUGACAGACCAAAGUUCAUCGUGGGCGGUGCAGACAGGACUGACAUUUGCCAGGGACAGCUUGGGGACUGUUGGCUCCUGGCAGCCAUCGCCUCCUUGACAAUGAAGAAAGAUGCUUUGGCCCGAGUUGUCCCCCAUGACCAGGACUUUGACCACAGAUACGCCGGCAUCUUUCACUUCCAGUUCUGGCAACACAAUAAAUGGCUGGACGUGGUGGUGGAUGACCGACUGCCGGCGGUGAGAAAUCAACUCAUCAUGCUUCAUUCUGCCUCCAACAACGAGUUCUGGAGCGCCUUGUUGGAAAAAGCUUAUGCCAAAGUGUACGGCAGCUAUGAAUCUCUUAAGGGUGGCAGCACAAUGGAGGCCAUGGAGGACUUCACCGGUGGAGUGGGGGAAGUCUACGAAACCCAGAAGGCUCCAAAAGACCUGUUCAGAAUCAUGAAGAAGGCCCUGGACCGGGGCUCCAUGAUGGGUUGCUCCAUAGAUAUCACCAGCUCUGCAGAGUCUGAGGCCAAGACCAGCACAGGUCUGGUGAAGGGACAUGCAUACUCCAUAACGGGGCUGGAAGAGGUACAUAUCAGGGGCCAGAAAGUCAAGUUGAUCCGAGUCCGAAACCCCUGGGGUCAGGUUGAAUGGAAUGGCGCCUGGAGUGACAGCUCCAGAGAGUGGGAUCAUGUCGACAGGGCAGAAAAAACUCGCAUCCUGCAGAAUUCAUCAGAAGACGGUGAAUUUUGGAUGGAGUUUGAGGACUUCAAGAGGAACUACGACAAGGUGGAGAUCUGCAACAUGACUCCCGACUCCCUGACCGACGACACCAAACGCCACUGGGAGGUCAGCUUAUUCGAGGGAAACUGGACCCGUGGCUCGACUGCUGGCGGCUGCAGGAACUACAUCGACACGUUUUGGACCAACCCACAGUACCGGCUGGAGCUGGAGGAUGCUGACGACGAGGAUGAUGUGUGCAGCGUGGUCAUCGCCCUGAUGCAGAAGAACAGGCGGAAGCUGAGGAAGGAGGGCCUGGACAUGGAGACCAUUGGAUUUGCUGUGUAUGAGGCUCCAGAUGACGAUGAUCAUGUGGGAAAGGAUUUCUUCCGCUACCAUGGGUCGAAAGCUGGCAGCAGAGCCUACAUCAACAUGCGUGAGGUGUCAGAGCGAUUCACUCUUCCUCCGGGAAAAUACCUGCUGGUCCCCACCACCUUCCAACCCCACCACGAAGCUGAUUUCCUGGUCCGGAUCUUCUCUGAGAAGAAGGCUGGAGCUUUAGAGAUGGGUACCAAUGUUGAUGCAGACCUCCCAGAUCCGCCCAUGCCCAGCCCGCCGGAGGAGGAGAGUGAUGAGGAGAGAGGCCUGCGGAGGCUGUUUGAGCAGCUGGCCGGCCCGGAUGAGGCUAUAUCAGUCAGAGAGCUGAAGCAGAUGCUGGACGGUGUUCUCAGCAGACGAAAAGAAAUCAAAUUUGACGGCCUGAGUCUCAGCACCUGCCACAGUAUCAUCAACCUCAUGGAUGUGGACAACACAGGGAAGCUGGAGUUCCAAGAGUUUAAGGUCUUUUGGGAAAAGAUGAAGAAAUGGAUCAUGCUUUUCCUGUCCUUUGACACAGACCGGUCAGGAAAGAUGUCCUCCUACGAGCUUCGCAUCGCUCUCAAGGCUGCAGGCAUGCACUUGAACAAUAAGCUCCUGCAGCUGGUGGGUUUGAGAUUUGCUGAUGACAAGUACGACAUCGACUUCGACGACUACCUCACUUGCAUCGUCCGUCUGGAGAACAUGUUCAGAGCUUUCCAGGCUAUGGACAAAUUCAAGCGAGGACGCGUAAACAUGAACAUCAUGCAGUUUCUCAUGCUGUCCAUGAAUGUCUGAGGAGUAGAUGAAGUCAACGGCACUCUUGAUGGGGACGAAAUGCAAUCUUGGACUCUAGAGGGUUGAAUAGUCAAACUAUGCAUGCUAGCAUUUUUCUUUUUCACAUUUUAUAUUAUAAAAAAUCUAUUCAUUUUACAUGUCACUGCUUUAACAAACCAUGUUAAAUGCUGCCUGGGCUUUCAUGUUUGAAAACCUUGUUUUAAAUCUGAAUUGUGCUGACUUGAGCUCUGGAACAAAAUAUUGGUUUAAUUUCUUGAUUUGCUGCCUGACUGCAAAAUAAUUUUUUGACUGUG